GGUCAGAAUUGAUAGGUGACGGUCCAGUUAGAUUUGGGCUUUGACGUAAAAGAAAGUGAACACAACGUAAUGUAACUUUGUUCUUUUGCCUAAACGAUUGGCUUUAUGUCCAAGACUAGACAAAACAAAAUCCCCACGACCGCCGACUUAGAUUAUUUCGCCGAACAGAGAAUAUAUAUAAAUGGCUCCUCUUUUUCCAAACUGUUUCUUCUUCUUCGUCGUCGCCGGUUUAGGGUUUUCGUUGCUCUAGCAGUCUUCUCUCGCCUUUAUCUCCCUUUCCAGUUUCUCUUAUAUUUCUCUUGCCUUACGAUCAAUCUAAAGAUUUCAUAAGAGUUGACAUUUGUGAAGAUCGAAGAAAGACGGUGACAUUUCUUCUCUGAUUACUUUUUGUUUCUCCAAGAUGAAGACAAAUGUAUUUCUCAGGUGCUACAGCCGGUUUUUUUCGAUGCUGUUGGUGAGCUCCCAUCCUUAGGACUGCUAGAGAGUUCGGUGUUUUAGUUGACUUUAUAUUCAAGGUUAUAGGUUUAGCGUUGUUAGUAGAUAGAAAUGGAAGCCAAAAUCGUCAAGGUAUCGGAUAGUAGUUAUAAAGAUGUACAUGGGAAGAAGAGAAAGCAUCCCGGGAACUAUAUUCCAUAUGGUUCUGGAAGGUCAUAUGGAAAGCUUCAAUGUGUGCUCUCACCGAACAGUUCCACCCAAAAGCUUGAGAAAAAGAGAAAUUUGGAUGGUGAAAACAAAGCGAAUGUUUCUGAGAAUCGUGUUGGGAAGUCUCUGGUCAGAUACUUCUCCUAUUAUAAGAAGACAGGAGUGCCAAAGCGUGUAAUGUUCCAUGAGAAUGGUGAAUGGAUUGAUUUGCCUGAGCAUAUUCUUUGCGACAUCAGGAAUGAUCUGGAAGCAAAGAGAGCUGCAAUUGAGUUCAAUUGGUGUGGUCGCCCUUUUCUCCUGGAUUUCUUGCACAUGUAUCGACUAGACUUGGAAACAGGUGUAAAAACCCAGCUUGCUUGGAUUGAUAUUGCUGGCAAAUGCUUUUUCCCCGAAACUUUUGACAGCCUCGAAAGGGACUGCUGCCAUCAUAUCUGUGGGGAAGAUCCAGAACAACAUGAUCAACGUGAGAUCAAGCUGCACAUUGAAAUUGAUGUAAAUGGUGGGGAGUUACCGAGGCUGAAUUUGAAUGUGGUCAGUGACAAGUCUGGUGACAAUAUGGAUGAUAUUCAAGCUGUUCAGAGAUCCUCAAAUGGGCAAAAUGACGAGGCAUCAGAGGAUAGCUGCAGCCGUGAGCUUGAUGAUGCUGUUAAGAAAUGGGACAAAACAGAAAUUGAUCAGUUCUCUGGUGUCAAGCCUGCUGAGGAAGAGCUUGAUAAAAAUGCUGUCAAACAAAUGUUUGCUUUGGGUACUGCCACUCUAGGGCAUGUAGAGUUGCUUGAUGUGUAUCAGUUUUCAAGCGAGACUUCCAAAGCUCGUCUAUCUCUUUUCCAGAAGCAAGCUGACAUCACUAAGAAACGCCGAGGAGAUGCGAACAUUAGAUAUGCAUGGGUUCCUGCGAAGAAGGAAGUGUUAUCUGCCGUUAUGAUGCAUGGACUUGGAGUGGGUGGAGCAUUCGUUAAAAAGUCUAUGUAUGGUGUUGGGGUUCACUUAAAUGCUGCAAACUGCUCUCAUUUCAGUGCUAGAUACUGUGAUAUUGACGAUAAUGGUGUGCGGCACAUGGUUUUAUGCCGUGUAAUAAUGGGGAAUAUGGAGCCUCUUCGUGGUGAUAACACGCAGUUCUUUAGUGGUGGAGAGGAGUAUGAUAAUGGAGUUGAUGAUGUUGAGAGUCCAAAGCAUUAUCUUAUCUGGAACAUGAAUAUGAACACUCACAUUUACCCAGAAUUUGUAGUUAGCUUCAAGCUGUCUAUCCCCAAUGCUGAAGUGAAUACUCUUCCUACUACUCAGAGUAAGCACGAGACUUUGGAGCUCACCUUGGAAGGACCCAAAGGUUCUCCCUCAAAUGAUCCAGGAAGAGUAUCAAAUGGAGGAGGUUCAGGGAGCCAAAAGACUAGUGGCAGCUCCAGCAGUAGACGGCCCAGAUCUCCUAUGAUGCCUUUCCCUUUGCUGUUCAAAGCAAUCUCAACCAAAAUUGCCCGGAAAGACAUGGAUUUGAUUUCUGCUGGUUACCAGGAACUCAGGGAGGAGAAGGUGUCGAGAAAGGAAUUUUACAAGACGCUGAGGGUGAUUGUAGGAGAUGAUGAUCUGCUGAAAUCCACCAUAACAAGCCUUCAAAGGAGUUUGGGUUAGAGUAAUGUGUCGACUUCUCUUUGCUGUCGUGAAACCUUAAUAAUUUAGAUUACGACAAACCUGACUUGAUCUUUAGGAACUUAGUAGUAUUGUUAUAUUUACUCUUGGUGAAACUAGUCUUCAUUGUCCUGUUUUUCCUUAUUUGGAAUCAAAGAGUCUUUUAUUCAUCAACA